UCGUUCCGCUCGCUUUCUCUUUCUUUCUUGGUUGCUAUCUAUCUUUCUUUCCUUCCUUCUGUUUUCUUUAGCUCUCUGCAACAAUGUCUGGAAUAUCAGACACCGAGAGGAUGAUAACCCUAAAGACCGUCGAAGGCACCCUCUUCGACGUAAAAUCCUCGAUAGCGAAGGAUAUCAAGACGGUCCAAGCCUUCAUUGACGAUUCCGACGACGACGUCACCAGCCCCAUCCCACUCCCCAACGUCUUCACCCGCGAGCUCUCAAGAAUCCUCGACUACCUCAACAACCACCACCGCUUCCGCUCCGAUAUCGAAAAAGCCGACGAGGAAAUGGCGCGCUACGACGCCGAGUUCGCGAAAUCGAUGAGCCACGAGGAACUCAAGGCUCUGAUCCUCGCCGCUAACUACCUCAACGUGAAGGAUCUCCUCGAAUUUCUCAACCAAACCGUUGCGGAUGUCAUCCAGAACAAGAGCGUUGAGUUCGUGAGGAAUUUCUUCGGGAUCGAGAAUGAUUACACUCCCGAGGAAGAAGAGAAGUUACGCAACGAAAACGAGUGGGCCUUCAACGGUGUUGAGCAAGAUUGAGAUUUUCGAUCAUUGUCUGAUUCGGUCAAUUCGUUGAUCGAUUGAACAUGUGUUUUGUGGAAUUGGAUAACAGGAUUUAUUCAUUAUUCAUGGCUUUAAAUGCCUUUAGAUUCUUCAAUUUUAGGUACUUGUUCAUUUUUCGUUGUUAUUAGAAGGUUAAAUCUGAUGUGAUAAUAUCGGAUAUAGUCAGUAGUCGUUGUGCAUGCAAGAAGAAUGAUGCAAUAAAUAAAUUUGUAGUUUGUUCAAUUAUUCAUGAAUGGGAUUUGUCUGCUACAACAUA